UGCUUUCAGUAGCUGUAUGUACGCUUCUGUUUCUCCCACCAGAACCCAACCGCCGCUCUUAUAAAUGAAAGCAACUAAUAAAAGUUGAGCAAGACAUAUAUAAGGACUCUUCUUCAAUUUCAUUGCUUCUAAAUUGAUUCAUUCUUUUUCUUUUGUUGCUAAUAAUCUUUGUUGUUGCUGAUAAAGAUUCUGCCUUUUGGCUUCUCCCUGAGAGAUCACGAUCUGGGUAUCAAAGAUUUUUCUCUACGAACCGAUAAAUUUGUUAAGAAGGAUUUGGUAAUCUUUGGUUGAGCUAUUGUGAAAAAUCAGUUUUCCCUUUUCAUUUUUGUUUAUAAAAUGGAGGCCAAAUUGCUAAAAGGAAUGCAGUUGUCAACAACAUGGGUUGAUCUAGACAAUCUUGCAAGGAGAAAUUCAGCAUGUUCGUUGUCGUUUUCCAGGAAAUCGAAGGAAAAGCAGAGGUUGCAUGUCGUGGUUUCGACUCAAUUUAGGCCUACAAGUAAUAAAUAUCGGCAUGCAUCCAUUUCGUCGGAGGUUUCAUGUUCUUACAAGAAUUCUCCAGUUUCAGUUUUGGAAUCUGGAAGUCUUCAUGCUUCUUCUGAUGAAUCUCUGAUUUUGAAGAAUAAAUCACAAGUGGUUGAGCCCUAUUUAAGUGGACGCUGUAUAUAUCUUGUUGGAAUGAUGGGCUCUGGAAAAACUACUGUCGGCAAGGUUCUCUCACAAGUGCUUGGAUAUUCAUUCUGUGACUGUGACUCGUUGAUAGAGCAGGAUGUGGAUGGAACUUCAGUAGCUGAAAUCUUUAAGCUUUAUGGAGAGGGCUUCUUCAGAAUGAAAGAGACUGAGGUCUUAAAGAACCUCUCAAUGAUGCAUCAAAUUGUUGUGUCUACUGGUGGAGGUGCAGUCAUACGGCCGAUUAACUGGGAAUACAUGCAAAAGGGCAUUAGUGUCUGGUUAGAUGUGCCUUUGGAAGCUUUGGCCCAGAGGAUUGCAGCCGUGGGAACUGAUUCUCGCCCCCUUUUACAUCAUGAAUCAGGUGAUGCAUACACAAAGGCUCUUAGGCGCUUGUCUACUCUACUUGAAGAGAGAGAAGACUUUUAUGCAAAUGCAAAUGCUAGAGUUUCUUUGGAAAGUAUUGCAACCAAACUAGGAUAUAGAGAUAUAUCCAGUAUCUCACCAACUACAAUUGCGAUCGAGGCUCUAGAACAAAUUGAGAAUUUCUUAGAGAAAGAGGAAGGCAUAUCCUGGAACAGAAUAUAGCAUUACAAGACACUGAUUCUGAUGGUUUGUGAUUUCAUCUAUUAGGCCUGUAGUUCAUGCCAUGUUUCUUUUUUAAUUAGCGAAACAUGGCAUGUGGCUUGUAUUUUAUUAGUAAUAGUGAAAUAUGUGGGGGUAGACAUAAUCUGUGAGAUCCUUGUUGUAUAAUGCUGAAAAUGUAAUUGUAUAUGCAGUGAGGCAACACAUUGAUCUGUAUUUUGCUGCUUGAGUUACUAAUGCUACGGUGCUCACUAGGCGAUGUUUAUGCA